GCUUCCGCAGCCUCAACGUCUGUUAUGAUCAGAGCUCCAGGAUUAGUGCUGUCACCACAUUGCAUCUCUCUGCCGUCCUGCCCUCGCUCUCCCUCUCUCCUGGCGCAUCCCUUGUGACCCACGGUGCAUGUUACGCUGUUAUUUCCUCCCCACCUCCUUUCCCUCUCUGGAAACUCCUCCACAUAGACGAACACACGCUGUGGAGCUUUUUGGCGUGCAAAGAACGAUCGAGUGGGAGAUUUCUCACUGUGGACUGGGACAUAUCCACUACUGCAGGGAAAACAGCGGACGGCUUUGGACAGCGGUGGCAGCAGCGAGAGGGAGUGUGUGUGUGCAUGCAUCCGUGCGCAUGUUUCGAGGGAAAACUGAGCUGCGCUGUGCUUCUCACACGCUCAUUCUCUCACUCUCGGAUGAUGAAGGCUCUCGAUCGCGUAUGAUGGAGCUUGACUGAGAAGCGGGUCUCACUCUCACACGUGCGCUCUUAGACGGGCAGAGCUUGGGAGCUCUCAGCAGCGUGGCGGAGGCACACGCACGCUUCGCGCUUGCUUCUGGACUGUGACCGAUGACCGGACGUACGAGCCAGGUUCCGUGCGCCCCUCGUGCUCCAGCGAGCAUACACACGGGCAGGUGAAGGACCUUCACCUUCGACCCCCGAGACCUCUGGAGAUGUUCCUCCUCUCUCCUGUGAGACUCACUUUGUUUCUGCUGGUCUUCCUGGACGUUGCCCAUCCGUCCCUUCAGGGCAGGAGUAAGGGCAGAUGGAACAAGGGGGGAUCCCGUCUACGGCAGGAAGAUUCUCCACCUCGGAUCGUAGAACACCCCUCCGAUCUGAUUGUAUCCAAGGGCGAGCCAGCCACCCUAAACUGCAAGGCGGAGGGGCGGCCCACCCCUACCGUAGAGUGGUACAAAGAUGGAGAACGAGUUGAAACCGAUAAAGACGACCCUCGAUCCCACCGCAUGCUCCUUCCCAGUGGCUCGCUCUUCUUCCUGCGUAUCGUACACGGCCGUCGAAGCAAACCUGAUGAGGGGGCGUACGUUUGUGUGGCACGCAACUACUUGGGGGAAGCAGUCAGUCGAAACGCCUCGCUGGAAGUAGCAUUGUUACGUGAUGAUUUCAGACAGAACCCUACGGACGUGGUGGUGGCCGCUGGAGAGCCGGCCAUCUUGGAGUGUGUUCCCCCUCGUGGCCAUCCGGAACCCACCAUCUACUGGAAGAAAGACAAAGUACGAAUUGAUGAGAAGGAUGACAGAAUCAAGAUCCGUGGAGGGAAGCUGAUGAUCUCCAACACGAGGAAAAGUGACGCCGGCAUGUACAUCUGCGUGGGCACCAACAUGGUCGGGGAGAGAGACAGUGAGACGGCCCAGGUCACCGUGUUCGAGAGGCCCACGUUCCUACGCCGGCCCAUUAACCAGGUGGUUCUGGAAGAAGAGGCGGUGGAAUUUCGCUGUCAGGUGCAGGGAGACCCGCAGCCUACUGUCCGUUGGAAGAAAGACGAAAUUGACGUCCCCCGCGGGAGGUAUGAUAUUAAAUAUGAUAAAGACGACUAUGUGCUGAGGAUAAAGAAGGCAGCAGCGACCGAUGAAGGAACCUUCACCUGUGUAGCUGAAAACAGAGUUGGCAAAACGGAGGCGUCUGCUACGCUCACAGUCAGAGCUCGCCCUGUUGCUGCACCUCAGUUCGUGAUCAGGCCGCGGGAUCAGAUUGUGGCGCAGGGACGGACCGCCAGUUUUCCCUGUGAGACCAAAGGGAACCCGCAGCCGGCGGUCUUCUGGCAGAAAGAAGGAAGUCAGAACCUCCUGUUUCCAAAUCAACCGCAGCAGCCCAACAGUCGUUUCUCGGUGUCGCCCAGCGGAGAUCUGACCAUCACGGCGGUCCAGCGGGCAGACGCGGGAUACUAUAUCUGCCAGGCCUUGACAGUGGCGGGCAGCAUCCUGGCCAAAGCACAGCUUGAGGUCACAGACGUGUUGACCGAUCGUCCUCCACCCAUCAUCCGGCAGGGUCCCGCUAACCAGACUCUGGGUGUAGACAGCGUGGCUCUUCUGAGGUGUCAUGCGUCUGGAGAACCAGUCCCAACCAUCAGCUGGCUGAAGGAUGGGGUCAGUCUGCUGGGCAAAGACGCUCGCAUGUCCCUUCAGGACCUCGGCAGCCUGCAGAUCAAGGGUUUGCGGCUCUCUGAUUCUGGCAUCUACACUUGUGUGGCAGCAAGUUCUAGUGGGGAAACAUCUUGGAGUGCUUUCUUGGAAGUCAAAGAGUCUGGAAGUCUUGUUGUAGUUAAAGACCGGGAUGAGAAUGAGCUCCCAGGUCCUCCUUCUAAACCUCAGGUCACUGACGUCACUAAAAACAGUGUGUCGUUGUCCUGGCAGCCUGGCCUUCCUGGAGCGUCACCCAUCUCGUCAUAUGUUAUUGAGGCUUUCAGCCAAUCGGUGAGCAACAGCUGGCAGACUGUAGCCGAUCAUGUCAAGACCACACAGUACACUAUUAAGGGUCUUCGCCCAAACACCAUCUACCUAUUCAUGGUCCGAGCAGUCAACGUCCAAGGCCUGAGCGACCCAAGCCCCAUGUCCGAACCUGUCCGCACUCAAGAUAUAAGUCCUCCAGCUCAGGGAGUGGAUCACAGACACGUGCAGAAGGAGUUGGGUGAGGUUAUUGUGCGGCUGCACAACCCUGUGGUCCUCAGCCCCACCACCAUACAGGUCACAUGGACGGUUGACCGCCAGUCUCAGUUCAUCCAGGGCUACAGGGUUUUGUACAGGCAGAUGUCAGGGCUGUCCUCCCCUGGAGCGUGGCAGACUCAGGAUGUGAAGGUCCCCUCCGAGAGGAGCGUGGUGCUCUCGGCUCUGAAGAAAGGCAUCGUCUACGAGAUCAAAGUCCGUCCGUACUUCAACGAGUUUCAGGGCAUGGACAGCGAGUCCCGAACGGCAAGAACAACAGAAGAAGCGCCUAGUGCUCCUCCUCAGCAGGUGACGGUCCUCACGGUGGGCAAUCAGAACAGCACAUCCAUCAGUAUCUCCUGGGAUCCUCCUCCUGCUGAACAUCAGAACGGCAUCAUCCAGGAAUAUAAGAUCUGGUGUUUAGGGAACGAGACCCGUUUCCAUGUAAAUAAGACGGUGGAUGCAGCCAUCCGUUCAGUGGUGGUGGGGGGUCUUCAGGCGGGGGUCCAGUACAGGGUGGAGGUGGCCGCCAGCACCAGCGCUGGGGUGGGGGUGAAGAGCGAACCACAAACCAUCAUUAUUGGUAAAGACUUCCGGGAUGUGAUCAUGAGCAGGAACAACAGCAUCACGGAGCAGAUCACGGACGUGGUGAAGCAGCCGGCCUUCAUCGCAGGCAUCGGAGGGGCCUGCUGGGUCAUUCUGAUGGGCUUCAGCAUCUGGCUCUACUGGAGGAGAAAGAAGAGAAAGGGUCUCAGCAACUACGCAGUUCAGUCGUUCACCUUCACCCCUGCAGUGACGUUCCAGCGUGUUGAUGGAGGCUUGAUGAGCAAUGGGAGUCGUCCUGGUCUGCUGAAUGCCAGUGAUUCGGGAUACCCGUGGCUCGCCGACUCCUGGCCGGCCACCAGUCUGCCUGUUAACAGCGGUUCUGGAGGACCCAAUGACCUCAACAACUUCGGCCGUGGAGACGUGAUGCCCAGCGCUCAGGCCGACAAGACGGGCACCAUGCUCUCAGACGGAGCCAUUUACAGCAGCAUCGACUUCACCACCAAAGGUGGAUUCGGCAGUCCAAGCCCCGCCUCCCAGGCCACGCCCUAUGCCACCACUCAGAUCCUCCACUCCAACAGCAUUCACGAGCUGGCCGUCGAUCUGCCCGAGGCCCAGUGGAAGACCUCCCUACAGGCCAAGCAGGAAAUGGCCAACCUGGGCUACUCACUGCCAGACAAGAACUCCUGCAACAACACACUCCUUUUCAUUCCUGACUACCGAUUGGCUGACGGAUUGUCUAAUAGAAUGCCGCACAACCAAUCACAGGAUUUCAGCACCACCAGCUCCCACAACAGCUCAGAUCGGAGCAACAGUCUGUCAGGUGGGAAAGGCGGAAAGAAGAAGAAGACCAAAGCAAACGCCAAGCCCACCAAGAUGAAUGGCUCCAACUGGGCUAAUGUUCCACUCCCUCCCCCUCCUGUCCACCCUCUUCCAGGCACAGAGAUGGACCACUAUGCCUCAGAGCAUCAUGACGGAGGAGGAUAUGAUAGUGAUGGUUGGGGCCCACCCUUGCCUGUGCAAACGUACCUCCAUCAGGGUUUAGAGGAUGAGCUGGAGGAAGAGGAAGAACGGGUGCCAACUCCUCCCAUAAGGGGCGUGGCCUCGUCUCCUGCAGCAGUUUCCUUUGGAAAACAGUCCACGGCCACACUGAGCCCAUCUCCACGUGAAGAAAUACAGCCCAUGCUCCAAGCCCACUUAGAUGAGCUAACCCGCGCUUACCAGUUGGACAUGGCUAAACAGACUUGGCACAUGCAGGGUGGGCCUUACCCGCCCCAGGCCCCCGCGCCGCCCGUGGGCUACGUCUCCAGCACCCUAGUGUCCGAUAUUGAGACAGACCUCCCUGACGAAGACGACGAUGAGGAGGAGGACGAAGGAUACGAGAUGUCACCGCCAAUUAGGGGCAUCGAACACACGCCAGGCUCCAGCAUGGACAACUUAGACAGCUCUGUUACGGGCUCCAUGGUGAACGGUUGGGGCUCGGCUUCAGAAGAUGAUGACAGAAACUUCUCCAGCAGAAGGUCUAGUGCCGGCAGCUCCUCUGACGGCUCGCUCUUCACCCAUUGCAGCUUUGCACGAGCCCUGGUGGCAGCCGCAGACAAGGCUGGUUACCGUCUGGACGGCACCAGUCUGAGCAAGAGAGAUAAAGGUCUACCUCAUAGACCUCGUCCCGCUAGCCCGUUCUCCACAGACGGAAGCACGGUGGGAACACACAGCUUGGGUCACCAGCGGGCGGCGAGGCCCACCCGCAAACACAAAGGCCCUGGCACUGCCCCGCACCGCCGCGAUGCCAGCGCUGAUGAUCUGCCUCCACCACCAGAGCCUCCACCCUGCCAGACAGCUCGUGUCCAGGGAGCGAGGAACAUGCCCAACCCCUCUGAUCGCAAGGCUUCCUCCUUGGAGAGGCAACCCAUGAUGGGCCUGGAGGAGAUGAAGAGUUCCUUGGACCGGCAGGCCCGAACCUCACUGGAGCGCCACCAACAAGCCCAGGACAGACUGGGAUCCAUAGAGAGAGGAGAGGAGAGCAGAAGAGGACAGAAAAAUGGUCCUGUUUCAGAAGAGGCCAUAUUGCCAUACAACAAACCUUCAUUCCCAUCUCCCGGGGGCCACAGCUCAUCUGGGACGGCCUCCUCGAAAGGGUCAACGGGUCCUCGUAAAGGUGAAGGGACGAGGGGACAGCACCAGCGCUCUGAACAGGGCGAAAGCAGCUACAUGGGGACCAACGCGCAGUACUCUGGAGAGUUAUAGUGAGCCUUUUUGAUGGAAACUGAAGAAUGCCUUUAUCUGUUCUGGAAAUGCCUCACCUGCUUGGUGCAAUGCACUCGUGAAGCGUCGGAAGGAAGAAGGAAAAAAAAGAAAAAAUAUGAAAAGGACAAACUGUAAAUGUGAUGUAAAGAUGGACAUGCAACCCACAAGAUCCGCAACAUCCCUCACCUUCCUCCUUAAACUAUUCAUUCACAGAAAAAAGAAAAAUGUUGAGGACAAAAAAGAAAAAAAAAAGACGGAAGGCCUGAGAUUUGAGUCGCCCAGCUUUGGUGAACUUGUGAAAAGGAAAUCGAGUUUCCUGUAAAUAUAUUCUUGACAUCGGAGAUUGAAAAUGACAUUAUUGUUAUUGCAUUGCUAUGCAAGCCGAGUUCUGUUUCCGCGCUCUCCUCCCUCUUACGCUGUUGGUCGUUUGUACGAUAUGUGAAUUGAUGGGCUGUGGUGCCAUAGAAAUUAUGUUGUCAUCCAUCAUUUGUUAAUACUUCUCAUGAAUUAAUUGUUGUCAUUAUAAUAAUUAUUAUAAUUAAUUAUUUUCUUUUGCACUGCAAUUUUGGUGAUAAGCACAAAACCAUAGCUCCUGCUGACAUGAAGAAUUGGAGGAAAGGAAAUGUGAAGGGGAGUUUCUGUACUGUAACUAGAGAUAAGAAAAUAUAUAACCGUGUACAGAGAUAUAUUAAGAUAUGCCUGCGUCUAUGCCGGCCGAAAGACUUUUGGCAGUGGGGUUCCCGGACCCUCUCUCGUUGCUGGAAAUAGUCACAGAUGGGUUGGGAAGCUGUUUGCAGGGAAAUUUAUCCGAAGUGGUUCUGUUUUCAACACAUCCAGCUGCCCCUACUAGUUAAUAUAACUCAGUUUAGUCCACUUGGUCCAAUUGGAACAUAUUUAGGCCAGAUCUUUGAACUACACUGGACUACAGGUACCAACUUUGCCUCUUUCCCCUGCUCACCUUUUGCUGCUUGCUUUCGUUUUGCGUCUAGCGUUUAAUUUGGUCCAUCUGAGCAUAGCAAAAUUAAUAGACACCAACUUGGCUAACGUUUGGAGGUGAAUAGUUCAAUUGGGCUUUUUGAUUUUUUUUUUGAUCUCCACUCAAAAUUUGAUUACAAGCACUUGGAAAGUGAGUAAUUUAAAAGCCAUAUGAACAAGACUACAACGCCCCUGCCUUCCCGUAAGGCUUCUUCUGCCUUACUCUAGAGGUCUUGUAGACGUCAACUGUCUUGAGAUUCUGCGUAAGUCUCAAAUCACGAGUGGAGAAUCAAUUCAGGUAACUUAAUUUAACCUUUUUGUUGAGCACUUAAUGUAUCUUGUUUUUUAUAUUUCUGACAAUGUCCCAAAGCCUUGUUUUUAAGUUCUACUUUACCUAUGCAGGGCACUGAAUCACCAGGAUCCAUAAAUCCACAUUCACUGGUAUCUCGAUUCAGAUAUUUGUCCUGUAAUCACAAAAUGACUAUCGAGCUAAAGCCAAUAACAUUAUGCAUUUGACUUUGCAAAAAUACGGCAAUAUCUUUUCCACGUCCUCGGUGUGUGCUGUAAAACGUCAGUCAGACGUCCAGAAAACGUUUCCACUGUCUUAGGCCGCUACAUUACAGUACGUUUACCCGAACAGUCCAGUUGGUUCUUUUUGCUUGAUGAAAUUUUACAUAUAUGAAUAUAUUAUGAAAAACGAAAUGUACAAAAGGCUGCUCAAAAAGGAUAUUUUUUACUGUGGAAACUUCAGGAGUUCUUGGUGAAAUGACUGUUUUCUUUCGUUAUUUCCGUCUUCGUUUUUGUACGACGUUACUGAGGAGAGCUCUCCCGAAGCGGGCCGACGUCCCGCCCCCCGUGUCUUUCUCUCGGAAAUCACGUCAUUUCAACGCUAGUGUCCAGCUGUUUGGAAUAAUGAGGUGCGAACGAGUAUCUCAGGUGAUUUUACAUCUAUAUCGGUGGUGUUGAUGUGGGUGUAUAUAAAUGUAUAUAUUCAUAUGCAUCCUCACGUAAGAGAGUUCAUUCCAUGUUCGCUAUUGAAACGUUUCUCCACCCCUUGUACCUGAUGGAUUGCUAUGCUCUCUCUCUCUCUUCCUUUUUGGCCCUGUCGACAGUGGAUUUCCAUUCCUUUCUCUUCCAUCUGAAAACGUGCCGGUACACUAAAUGUCCAUAAGACAAAGAUGUCACUUACAGAACAUACCAAAAUUAAUAUUGAUAUUUCUAAUGUCUAAUGCAUUUUAGUGUCUUUUUUAAUACUUGUUUCUUUAAACAUCACAGUGUUGUUGUUUUUUUGUAUUUAUUAAGAUAAUAAAGGUAUAUUGUGAAAAAUG